UUUUUUUGCUCGCUUGAGCAUAACGUAACAAAAGCUUAACAUUUGACAAUUUAGCAAACAUCCACACACAAGUGCACAUCAGAGUUUAUCAUUAUUAACAACACUUGCGUAUUUUAUAUUUUAGUCUACUUUCCAGCUCUUAUUUUUUUCACAGUUUUUCAUCAAGCUCUGUGCAUGUUCUGCAUUUUCUAAUUUCCGAUCUGGAAGACCAUCAUAAAAAGUCGACAUCUUCACACCACAAGAAGAAAAAGAACAAAAAAAAGUCACAUAAAGGUAUCCCACUUCAAUCACUGGGACCAGAAAUGUUCCGUACCUUGGCGACAGACUUUGUGACUUCUGUGUGUGAUGGUUCCUCCUCAAACUCCACCCUGGGAAUGGGGCAGUCAGUGGUAGCAGCCUCUUCCGUCCACGAGGCCUCACAAGUACAAGUCGGAACAUUCGUCAUCAAACAUCUCCCGAAUCACUUUUGGCAGAGCACCAGUUGUGAGUUCCUGUGUCCUCUCACGGUGAGCUUGGACUCGAGCAAACAGAGCACAAGUGAAGUGCUGGUUCUGAAUGACAUCAAGAAGAUGAUCAACAUGAAUGACAAGAACUCUGCAAAUGUAUCUGCUCUCAAGGAGAUAGGCGUCAGUGGAAGUUUGAGCUAUGCUUACAAAAUCAAAGCUGAUCUUGGCAAGGUCACGAGACUUGAUUUGAACCCCGAGGCAAUUCAAAACUACAGUGUUCCGACUGCAGUGGCGCACGAGAUGAAGAAAUCACCCGGGACUAGGAAGGUUCUGUGUGUGGUGACUAAACUGUUCAAGGUCAACAAGGAGGCCACUGUCAAAUUGCACCAGGACCUGCAGUCCAGUGCUAAAGUUUCAGGCGACAAGGAAAGAAAUUGCACUAGUGUUUAA